CCGCCCGCCAUAGCUGGACUUUAGAUUAGGGUUUUGACGUAGCAGCGAUGGAGGGCGACGAUAGGGCGGAGCGCUUGCGGGCGGCAGCAGCAUUCCUGCUCGCUUGCGGGGAUUGGACGCUAGCUGAGGAAGCAGGAGCUUGGAUUUGCCAGGAAUUCGGCAUUUCGGGAGCGAAGGUUUUGCGGGAGGGCAAGGCCGGGCGACGAACAGAGCUGUGAAUCGAGGUAUAUAGCCGCAUUUGCGUGAAUUCUGGGAGGAAAGAGAGGGUUUCUGGUGCCGCGGCGGGGGGAAAUCUCGAAAAUGAAGCUCCCGGUGUGCUCGGUGUGCCAAUUCACGUACAAUGAGGAGGAGAGGGUGCCGCUGAUGCUCCAAUGCGGCCACUGCUUCUGCAAGGAAUGCCUGGCACAGAUGUUUGCGCGGUGCACGGAUCACACCCUACUGUGCCCGCGCUGCCGCCAGCCGACCAAGGUGGGUAACAGCGUCGAGGCCUUACACAAGAACUUUGGCAUGCUAUCGCUCAUCCGGCGAGCUCCAUCCGAGUGCCGGGCGGACGAGGACUCGGACGAAGAGGAGGAUGAACAGGACGACGUGGACGAGUGGCUCGGUGGUGGCGGUGGGAUUUAUGGAAGCUCUCGCCUCGCAGCUAGCCCGAGGUGGUCGUCAGCGAGCUGUAGUGGGAUCCCAGUGGACUUGGGAUCUCACAUCAUGCGGCUGGUUAAGCCGCUUGGAACUGGUCCUCGAGCUGGUCAGGAUGUUUGGUCUGGAACACUCUCGGGCCCCGGAGGAUGCCGUCACAAAGUUGCCGUGAAGAGGAUCGAUGCGGCCGCCGGCAUGGAGCUGGAAUGGGUCCAGGCGAAGAUCGAGAACUUGCGUCGCGCGGCGAUGUGGUGCCAUAAUGUGUGUGCCGUGUAUGGUGCGUGCAAGAAGGAUGGCAAGCUUUGCAUCGUCAUGGACAGGUACCAGAACUCGGUGCAAAGUAUGAUGCAGCAGAACGAAGGUCGGCUCACGCUGGAACAAAUUCUAAGGUAUGGUGCUGAUAUUUCCCGUGGUGUUGCCGAGCUCCAAGCUGCGGGAAUUGUGUGUCUCAACUUGAAGCCGUCGAACUUUCUGUUGGACGCUAAGGGGAGAGCUGUUGUGUCCGACUAUGGAAUCCCCGACGUUUUGAAGCGGCCGAACUGCAAGAAAGGUCGUGGCACUGGAAAUGACGAGGAAACGCCGAGUGGUCAUUUCUGCAUGGAGUGUGCCAUGCUGAAUCCUUGCUACUUGGCUCCGGAAGCUUGGGAGCCGCUACGAAAGACAACAAUCAACCUGUUUUGGGACGAUGGGAAUGGGGUAUCGGCGGAGUCGGAUGCCUGGAGCUUUGGGUGCUCUCUAGUGGAGAUGUGUACAGGAGCCAAACCAUGGGCUGGUUCAAGUCAGGAUGACAUUUAUAAAGCUGUUGUAAAGAGCAAACGCUUGCCUCCUCAGUACAACGUUGUUGGUAGUGGGAUACCACGGGAACUUUGGAAGAUGAUUGGAGACUGCUUGCAGUUCAAAGGUUCAAAGCGACCGAAUUUCCACGCCAUGCUUGCUAUGUUUCUUCGCCACCUUCGAGAAAUGCCAUCAAGUCCUCCUGCAAGCCCAGACAAUGAUCUGGCCAAAAGUUCCGGGGGAACGGAGCCUUCACCUUCGUCGACUCUAGACUUUUCCGAGGUUAAUCACACUUAUCUUCAUCAACUUGUUUCAGAAGGAAAUGAAGAUCGAGUGAGGGAGCUCCUUGCGAAGGCCGCUACAGGGCGUUCAAUCCGAGCUCUCCUGGAGAGCCAUAACAGCGAUGGACAAACCGUGCUGCAUAUUGCGGCCAUGAGGGGGUAUUCUUCUAUCAUUGAGCUCAUAUGUAGCUACGAAGAGGCAGAUGUUGAGAUUCUCGACAAGGAUGGGGAUACCCCUCUAGUUUGUGCCGUUGCCUCUGGAACACCGGAGGUCCUAAAGGCGCUUAUUCGGAAAGGCGCAAACGUAAAUGCACGUUUAAAAGACGGGCUCGGUCCAUCAGUGGCACACGUCUGUGCUUUCUAUGGCCAACCUGACUGCAUGCGGGAGCUUUUACUGGCUGGAGCGGAUCCACUUGCAAUUGGAGAUGAUGGUGACUCGGUUCUCUAUCAAGCCGUGGCGAGGCGAAAUACGGAUUGCGCCGUUGUCAUUUUGGAAAAUGGUGGCUGCAGUUCAAUGGCAUAUCGCAACGCGGAGAACUUUACACCUUUGCAUAUGUGUGUUCUCACAGCAAACGUUGCUGUUGUAAGAAAAUGGGUUGAAAUUGCGUCGAUUGAAGACAUUGAGAAUGCCAUUGAGAUUCCGAGCCCUUUAGGAACAGCCUUGUGCUUGGCAUCAUCUCUUAAAAAGGCUCACGAGGAAGAAGCGAGAGAGCUAGUGAGAUUGUUUUUAUAUGCUGGAGCAAACGGCGAUGCAAUGGAUCCAGAGCAAGGCCAGACGGCCUUGCAUGUUGCAGUUGCUGCUAACGACGUUGAAAUGGUUAAGACCAUCCUUGAUGCUGGCGUAAGUAUUGACGUUUGUAAUGCACAAGGCUCUACUCCGCUUCAAAUAGCACUAACAAAAGGAUCAAAACAAUGCGUACAUCUGCUUCUUGAUCGCGAUGCCAGCUGCACUAUACAGGAUGAAAAUGGGAAUACUGCACUUCAUAUAGCUGCCGAAAUGGCGAAAAUGGUUCGGGAAAACCUUGAUUGGAUUGUAAUUAUGUUAAAUAAAAGUGAUGCGGCCACGGACAUAAAAAAUCACAGGUUAGUAUUCUUUUCAGAGCUUUUAGUUUUUCUGUUUUUUUUUUCCAACUUUUUUUGUUUUUCUUUUUUGCAAUACAGUGGAAAGACUUUACGGGAUUUACUCGAAGCUUUGCCCCGUGAAUGGAUUUCGGAGGACUUGAUGGAUGCUCUAGACGAAAAGCAAAUUCAGUUGUCACCAACAGUCUUCGAUGUGGGGGACUGGGUAAAAUUUAGAAGGACGAUAAGCUCGCCUCGCUAUGGAUGGGGUAGUACAAGGCCGUCGAGUGUUGGCUUUGUCCAGAACAUAAUUGAUGGAACUACACUCCUUGUUUCUUUCUGUUCCGGGGAAGCUAAAGUGGCAGUAGACGAGGUUGUGAAACUCAUUCCACUGGAUCGUGGUCAUUCAGUAAGACUCAAAUCAACCGUGAAACAACCAAGAUUUGGUUGGCGUGGUCAGUCUCGAGAAAGCAUUGGAACAGUAUUAUGUGUUGAUGACGAUGGAAUUCUUCGAAUUGGCUUUCCCGGUGCAUCACGAGGAUGGAAAGCUGAUCCUGCCGAGAUGGAAAGGGUCGAAGAGUUUAAAGUUGGUGAUUGGGUUCGCAUUCGACUAACUCUUACGUCUGCAAAGUAUGGUUUGGGGUCCGUAACUCCCGGUAGUAUCGGAGUUGUACACAGUAUACGUCCUGAUAACAGCUUGUUAAUCGACUUCACUUACCUCACAAGUCCCUGGCAUUGUGAGCCCGAGGAAGUGGAGCGAGUCGAACCUUUCAAGGUUGGAGACCGCAUCUGCGUGAAACGAUCUGUGGCGGAGCCUAAGUUUGCAUGGAAUGGAGAAUCGCACCACAGCAUUGGAAUGAUCAGUGAAAUCGCAAGCAAUGGUCUCCUUCUUGUGGAUCUUCCUUCACGGUCCACGAACUGGGAAGCUGAUCCUUCUGAUGUGGAGAUAAUUGAGGACUUCAAGGUUGGAGACUGGGUUCGUAUCAGAGCUUGCGUGUGUUCACCGAAGUUUGGCUGGGAGGAUAUAAACCGGGCAAGUGUUGGUGUUGUGUUCUACCUUCACCAGUGCGACAUGGGUGUAGGCUUCGCUCACCGCAGUAAGGCUUACACUUGUGCCAUCACCGACGUUGAGAAAGUCACACCAUUUGAGGUGGGACAGGAGGUCCGCAUAGCUCCAGGGAUAAGCGAGCCCCGCUUAGACUGGUCUGGUGAAACAUCUGCAUCCAAAGGCAGAAUAUCACGAAUCGACAUGGACGGAACGCUAAAUGUGAAGGUGGCCAACAGAACUACGAUGUGGCUUGUGGCUCCCGGAGAUGCUGAAAGAUUGUCAGGAUACGAGGUAGGGGAUUGGGUCCGGCUAAAUCUUCCAACAGGAUUGAAGCCCAGCUACGACUGGCACGGGUCUAUAAGCGAAAGUGUUGCGGUGGUUCACAGUGUCUCCGAUUCCGGGUAUUUGGAACUAUCAGGGUGCUUCAAGUCUGGCCGCUGGAUGGCACACUAUACGGAGGUGGAAAAGGUUCAGGUUCUUCGUGUUGGACAGCACGUAAGAUUUCGACCAGGAAUAUCUGAACCACGGUGGGGGUGGCGAGGGUGCACAGCGAGCUCUAGAGGUGUCAUAAUCGGGGUCCAUGCCGACGGAGAACUGCGGAUAGCAUUUCCCGGACUUAAGACUCCCUGGCGUGGAGAUCCUGCCGACCUUGAAAAGGAGGAGAUUUUCGAAGUAGGCGACUGGGUGAAAGUGAAAGACGAUCUCCAAGAGACCAAGUAUGGUUGGAAAGGUGCUCGGCCAGGCAGCGUGGGAAUAGUGCAGGGAAUCGGCUAUGAAAACGGAGGUGACUACGACGAGCGUGCACUGCUCGUGGGAUUCUGCGGUGAACAGGAAAGAUGGAUCGGCCUACCGUCGGAAGUGGAAAGAGCCAUGCCUCUGAAAGCCAGCCAGAGGAUACGCGUGAAAGCCAGCGUCUCGCAGCCGCGGUUUGGAUGGUCGGGACACGACCACUCCACGAUCACGACGAUCACCACGGUGGACGCGGAUGGAAAGCUGAGAGUUUACUCGCCGGCGUCGCAGCGGUCGUGGGUGCUGGAUCCAACCGAGGUGGAACUUUACGAAGAGCAGCCGAUAUGCAUCGGCGACUGGGUGAGAGUGAAACCGAGCGUUCCAACGCCGACUCACCAGUGGGGGGAGGUGACGCACAAGAGCAUCGGCGUGGUUCACAAGAUCACUGACGACGGGGACUUGCGAGUAGCGUUUUGCUUCCUGGAGAGGCUGUGGGUUUGCAAGCCAGGGGAGAUGGAGCGCGUGGAAGCGUUUCGGAUGGGUGACCGGGUACAGAUAAAGCACUCGGUGGUGACGCCGAGGUGGGGGUGGGGAAACGAGACGCUGGCGAGCAGAGGUGUGGUCUAUGGAGUGGACGCUGAUGGAAGGCUGCGAAUCCAGUUUGCUCGUCGAGAGGGGAGGCUCUGGAUUGGAGAUCCCGCGGAUGUUGAGCUCGAGCAAGGUGGUGCUACUACUACGACUUAGAGAAGUUCUUGGGUGUUCUUCCGAGGAUUUGCUGGCUAGGCGGUGGAUCGAUUCCUCUGGUGGCGCUGCGAUUCUUAACACCUGGGAUGGUAUAGAGCUGCUGCUAUGACUUUGAGAAGUUCUUGAGUGUUCCUUCUUCCGCGGAUUUGCUGGCUAGGCGGUGGAUCGAGGGUCCUCUACUCCUCUGGUGGCGCUGCGAUUCUUAACACCUGGGAUUCGAGCAUGAGGUAUAGAGUUCUUCUCUCUUUCUCGUUUUCUUUUUUCUUUUCUCUUCGCUUUCUUUUUUUUUCCUUUUCUUCUCUUUUUAUCGUUCAAGGAGAAGAACCAGGUUGGAAUCGCAUUGCCACCAGGUUCAUCGCCUAUUCGAUAAAUCUCAUUGAUGUAAAAAUUGGAGAGUUUAAUAGAAAUUUGAGGGUUAUAUGAGUA